UUUAAACAUGCGAGUCUCCAGAUGUGUUUGCGGCAAGAAGAAAAGUUUCAGUUGUCUGUAUUUGACUGUAUCACUUUUUCAGAACUGCGAGAAAACUGUUAUACAGUGCCGAGCUUGCGAUUCUUUUACAGCUCGCCGUGUAGUGCGUGAUAUCCAAUGGCGAUAAUUAACGGACUGUAUUGCAUCUUGAAUGAGGACAGUGCAACAGAGCUGCCAGGGGCACCUGCAGCGAUUCUUGGCCCAGCGAGGGUGCUUUGAGUUGGACAACAUCUGCUGAGGCCUCCCCUUUUUUCUGGACAACACCAUGGCAACCCAGCAGUCCCUGAAGUCGUCCGGAUCCACCACUUUAAGCUCUCAGGUGCAUGCAGCAGCUGUAAAUGGAGACAGGAGCUCCUUACAGAAGCUGAUAACAGCAGAGCCAUGUCUGAGAGACAGUGAAGACCAAUUUGGGAGGACCCCACUGAUGUACUGCGUUCUGGCUGACCGCUUGGACUGUGCUGAGACAUUACUGAAGGCGGGAGCUUCCGUCAACAAAGCUGACCACAGCAAGAGAACCGCACUGCACCUUGCUGCACAGAAGGGCAAUGUUCGUUUCAUGAAGUUGCUGCUGUCACGGCAUGCUGAUUGGCUGUUAAAGGAUCUGGAGGAAAUGACACCGCUGCACUUGGCCACAAGGCACUCCAGCUCCAAACCGCUCUCGCUUCUCCUCAAGCAUAUGGCACCUGGAGAGGUGGACACUCAGGACAGGAACAAACAGACAGCGUUGCACUGGAGUGCAUUCUACAACCACCCUGAGCAUGUGAAGCUGCUGAUCAAACACGACUCAAACAUUGGAAUCCCUGACAGCGAAGGCAAAAUCCCUCUGCACUGGGCUGCUCACAACAAACACCCUAAUGCCACACACACUGUGCGCUGCAUUCUGGAAGCCGCUCCCACUGAGUCUCUGUUGAACUGGCAAGACUAUGAGGGUCGCACACCGCUACACUUCGCAGUGGCUGAUGGGAAUGAGGCGGUGGUUGAGGUUCUGACAUCAUACGACGGCUGCAACGUUACAGCUUAUGACAAUCUGUUCAGAACACCCCUGCACUGGGCAGCGCUGUUGGGCCACGCACGGAUUGUUCACAUGCUGCUUGAGAGGAACAAGUCAGGCAUGAUUCCAUCAGACAGCCAGGGAGCCACACCACUGCACUAUGGAGCUCAGAGCAACUAUGCUGACACGGUGGCAGUGUUUUUGAAGCACCCCUCAGUCCGAGAUGAGCCUGAUCUGGAGGGCAGGACAGCUUUUAUGUGGGCUGCUGGGAAGGGCAGCGAUGAUGUCAUCAAAACCAUGCUGGAACUUAAGGAAGAACUGGACAUAAACAUGGCUGAUAAGUAUGGAGGAACAGCGCUUCAUGCGGCAGCACUCUCAGGCCAUGUUUCCACUGUGCGGUUGUUGCUGGAAAAGGGAGCCAUGGUGGACCCUCUGGAUGUCAUGAAACACACUCCCCUGUUCCGUGCCUGUGAGAUGGGCCACCGUGAUGUCAUUCUUACACUCAUUAAAGGUGGGGCGCGUGUUGACUUGGUGGACAUAGAUGGCCACUCUGCACUGCACUGGGCAGCGCUGGGCGGCAAUGCGGAGGUGUGCGAGGUACUGAUGGAGAACGGGAUCAGUCCAAACUUGCAAGAUCAGGCCGGCAGAACACCACUGCAGUGUGCUGCCUACGCCGGCUACAUCAACUGCAUGGCCCUGCUCAUUCAACACAACGCUGACCCCAACAUCCAGGACAAGGAGGGGAGGACUGCGCUACACUGGUCAUGCAACAAUGGUUAUCUGGAUGCUGUAAAGCUUCUUCUGGGAUGUGGAGCUUUCCCCAACCAUAUGGAGCAUACAGAAGAGAGGUACACUCCUCUGGACUAUGCUUUGCUGGGAGAGCAUCAAGAGGUCACUCAGUUCCUGCUGGAGCACGGAGCCAUGUCCAUUGCUGCCAUCCAGGACAUUGCUGCCUCCACCAUUCAGGCCCUCUACAAAGGCUACAAGGUCCGCCGAGCCUUCAGGGAGCGCAAAAACCUCCUCAUGAGACAUGAGCAGCUCCGCAAAGAUGCAGCCAAGAAGAGGGAAGAGGAGCGUCGGCGUGAGGCAGAACAGCAGCUUUCGUUGGCUGAAGCAGAACUGCAAGAACAGAUGUCAUUCGUGCAAGUGGGAGGCAAAAGACCAUCACUGGUAGAGACAGAGCACAACAUAGAGGUUCAGGAACCGGUGAUGCCUAAAGGUCUCAAACCUAGAAAACCAUCAAAAGUACAUCAUAGCCAAAUCAGGACAGACAAAAAGCAAAAACAUAAAGAGCACAGGCCAGAGACUGAAACACCAGAAACCCCUCACCUCUCAGUGACUCUAACCCCACCAGUAACCUCUCUGGGUGUAAAACACAGUUCAGACACAAAGACAGUGGUUUGUGAGUCUGAAGAGUGUAUAACCAGGCGUGAGCGUCAUUCUCCUGCUGGUUCCAGCAGGCCGGGCAGUGCCAGGCCAGCACACACAGGGUCCCAGUCAGCACCUGGACCCACAGAAACCACCCUAGCUCCCAGAAAUACUGCCCACUCCAGACCCAGGACUUCGGGGAGUCACUCCAGAGCUUCUUCAGCAGCCUGUUCAAAAGCACCUCAUACUGCAUCCACCGAGAGCUCCACAGAAACCCACUCCAAACCUGUAUCCAGAAGGAGCUGUUCAGCUGCAGCUGUCCAGCAACCCAGCAGCUUGGGUUUUACGGAGAAGCCAUACAGGACCAAGAGACAGAAGGAGAGAAGGACUGAUAAAGAGAAGGAGAAAGACACAGGGACUGAGAGAGAAGGAGAAAAAGUUGUGGAAAGAGAUAAAAACAAAGGCACAAGACCUGAAACAGAGAAAGGGAGACGGAAAGAGAGUGAGAAAAAGAAACAAGUAGAAAAAGAAAGGGAACAUAAGAGAAAAAGUCUCUACCAAAAGAAUCAGGCAGCAAGGAUAAUACAGACAGCAUGGAGGAGGUCCUCUGUUCAGAGACGCCUGAGGGAAGUGCUAUGUGGAGGUGUAAAAAGGGCAGAGCCUGCAGAGGUCAUUGCCAUUCUGAUUCAGAUUUUAUGGGACCAACCAGUCCGUAUUGAUCUCACUGACCAGAAAACCAUUUCUGUAGUGCAGUCACCGUCUAUCAAGGCUGCGGGGAAGAAAAGCUCAGUGCUACAAAAUAUCUAUGGUGGAGCCCAGGCCAAAAGGGGGCGCUCUCUCAGAACCGUGUCUGCUCUUAAUACACACAGCCAGAGUCAACUAUUGCUGGACCUAUCACUCAAGACCAACAAACAACUGAGCGGUAUGGAGUGUGUGCACGUGCUGGACUCUUUGAGCCAAGCCAAGCAGUUUUCCUAUCACUUACGGCCUCAGAGUACCAGCAGCCAGAGCAGUCACAACAGAACCAAGGAAUGAAAGACCCUCCCCCAUCGUACACACAUCACACAGUGUACCCAGUAACUGGACUACAUACACUAAACAUAUACACAAAACGACUGAGCAACCCAUUACCACAUUCCGCUACUACAAACUGAAACCAACAACUGACAUGCAAACAUUAAACCCACAAAAUGAUCCUGAAAAUCAUACAUACCUGCUUAUUUAUAUAUCUGGGACAGGAAACAGGUUCUUGGGCCGGAUGUUGAAGGACAGACCUCAAUGUUAUGUCAAGUUACCUAAACCCUUUACAAAUUGCAAAAGCAGACAUUUGAACAAGAACUGUGAUGCACUUUUAUUUAAAACUGUAAUGAAAAAAUAGCUUUCAGUACUCCAUGUUUCCAGCUACUGUUAUAGAAUGUAUCAACUGUUAAUCAUUAAUCACAAUUUUGAUAUCACAGAAGGCUGCGAUAUGCAAAUAAGUUAACUGUGUGCUGUGAACAUCCUGACCAAACACAAUUCAGUUCCACAAUUCCACAAGGUAUCCAACAGUAUUGAUUCACCACUGCAUUUGUAAUAUAAAGUACUGUGCAAAAGUCAGAGCCCACCUUUCAUUUAAUUAAUUUCAAAACAGCAGAGUUAUUCAUUUUUCAGGAGACAUUUCUGACAAUAUAAGCCACUUGCAUAAGGAAUGGGAAGGUCAUAGAAAAGUAACUGAAAAAAAAACAGGAAUUCCUAAAACUCAAAAAGCGCCACAGUCACCAACAAUUAAACAGUACUUGAAGCAUUCACCUUUGAGGAGAUCAAGCUCCACUCUUGCUUCAGAUCUGAAAAAAUCCACAGGAGUUUCUGUUCAUCCUUCCACUGUGAGAAGACAACUCAACACUACGGGUCUGAAAGGAUGUGUAGUUGUCAAGAAGUGGUUACUGAGAAAAGGAAAUAGAUAAAAGAGGAAAAUUUGCAAAUCUAAACAAAGAAGCUGCUGGUGUUCUCAGAACAACUGGACUGAACAGCCCAGAGUCCAGACCUCAACAUCACUGAAUGUGUUUAGGUUUGGAGAAAUAUCCCUAAAGAUAUAUUUGGAAACUGAAAACAAGUCUCCCAAAAACAAAUGGAAGCUAUAAUAAAGGCAAAGGACACACUAAACACUGUUUUAUAGAUGUAUGUAAAUAAAGUUGUUGAGGCUUCUGUUUAAUUUUCUGUGAGACGUUUUCUGUUUUUGUUCCCGACAAUGAAAAAUGAAUAACUUGUACAUAGAAAUUAAAAAGUAAAGGGUGGUCUCUGAUUUCUGCACAAUAAAAUAUUGCAAGGUGUAUCGCAAUCACAGUAUGGAGCAAUGGACAAGUAAGCUAUGCACCCAGUCAUCCAGCUAUUAAAUUUUUAAAUUGCAUGUGCAAACAGACAUAUACUGAUCACAUUUUCAGUGUUACUCUUAACCAACUGAGACUAAGAUGGAACAUGGCCAGCAUCCAGAUUUCUAUGCCAAACCUCUGUUGCCACUGACGACCACAUAGGUUAAAGGUUAAGCCCACAAACACAGCAUAUGCAUGAGAUAACCUUUCGUUCUGUCAUCGUCAGGUUAUACACCUGUCCUAGAGGUGACAUACUCCUGAUAUAACAAGUCCACCUGCAUGGGAGCGCUCACUACACACCAAGAUGCUAAAACACGACCUGCAGGCUAUGCAUACAAUUGGAAACAGGCGGAAUAUAAUAACCACCAGUGGAAGUCACGCCAGUUUCUUGCUCUACAAUAGAUACUUCGCAAAACCUUUUUUUUAAAUUUAAUAUUUGAAAUUGCAUGCAGCCUUGCUUGUAUCUUGGCUCCAUGUUCACUGAGAACACAAAAUGUGUCUCAUAUGUUUUAUUUAUAUCUUUAAUUCUAUUUACACAUAUUGUUCACAUUUUCAUUCUGUGCCCUUAUUUAUUCUACAUAUGCUUCUUUUUUGUUUAUCGUCUUUUUAUUAUUCGAGGACAGGUACUGCAUUUUAAGAGCUUUUUGUAAUGUUGGUUUUUCAUAUGUGCCAUAAUGGUGAAUGAUAUACAAGGAUAAGUACAGACUUUUAAAGGAAUACUCCAGCAGGAUUCAAUCUAAUCUCCAUAUGUUGCAUCUGUAUCAUACUGUCAGUUACCACAGACAAGCGUUUUUACAUGUGUUCCUGUACAUAGUAAAGGGAUUGAAGACCUGUUGACUGAAAACAUAGUAGAAGUCAAUCACUUAUAAUAUAAAAAAAACUGACAUGAAAAAGAGGCCUAAAGACCCAAAUAGAAUACAGGACAUUCAAAAAUACAAUCCAUAUGGUUGCCAGGAGUGGAAUUGACUUGAGGGUACUUAAUAAUAUAAUAAUAAAAAUAAAUACAUGAAAAACAUGACCCACAUUUACAAUAGAAUGCUUCAGCUUCACCUGGGCAUUGACUUAAAUUGUAUAUGUGUUUUUUAUAUUAUUGUCUAUGGUUAUCAUACAUUGGAGUAUUUUUAAGAGCUUUUUAUCAUGUUGGUUUUCCCAAUACUGCCUUUUAAAAGAAUACUCCAGUAGUAUUCAACAGGAUCUCUAUAUGUUGCUUCUUGUAUGGACAUAGACAAUAAUUUUGACGUUUCCCUGUACAUAAUAAAUGGACUGAAAUAUUGACUCAAAAAGGUGCUAAAGCAUUUGCCCAUUCGCUUCUCUUAUUAAAAAAAACUGACACGAAAAAGGCUUAAAGACCCAAACAGGAUACAAGAUAUUCUGGAGAAACACUAUCCAUAUGGUCACAUUUGAUGGCUUGACAGCACAUAAUAAUAAUCAUAAACUUGAAAUGCACAUAUAAUAGAAGGCUUCAUAUAUACAAAAAGAGAACUCAGAACUGCUAAUAGAAUGGAUCACUCUAGGGCAGCUGCACAUGAGUCUAAGAUACCCAAUGCCCAAUGUCCGCUAGAGGGUUAUAAAGCCCCCCUGCGCUGGGCUGUGGAGCAGUGGAACUGCAUUCUCUAAAGUGAUGGAGCAACAUUCAUUACCUUUUGGGAUGAGUUGGAGUGAUCCAGAUCUAAUCCUCGAACAUUAGUGUUUGACCUCACAAAUGCUCUUGUGGCUGAAUGCAAACAAAUCCUCACAGCAGUGUACCAACAUUUAGAGUAACGCCUUCCCAGAAGACUGCAGCAAAGGGAGAUGGGCAGGUGUCUAAAAACUUUUGGACAUACAGUGUGCAUGUUGUAAAUGUGUUUCGAGACAGCUUUGCUGUUCUGUUUCUAAGCACAGGUAAAUUAUCUGUGGUAAUUAAACAUUAGGGCAUUUCUUUAAGAGCUUAUUAUCAGGUUGAUUUUCCAGAUGUGUGUCAUAAGGGUGCCCAAUACACAUGGAUGUGUACAACAUUUUGUGGUCUUUUUCUAUUGGCCAUUUUUUGACAUACAUGCCAUAGUGAAACAGUGCAAGAUACCUCAUACUGGACGUAAAGGAAAGGAACCGUUGGUGUUUGAGCUGGAAGCUUUGUAGGCCUUCAGCAAAGCAGCCACCAUGGAUAAUAUGAAAGGCUCAGUCACUCACAACACUUCCACAAGACCAAAAACAUGCCACUUCAUCAACCUCAUAACAGUUUUAAGGUUUUCAUCUGGUCAAUAAACAUUUCUAGUCAGUCUACAGCAACCCCCUUAAAGCAACCAUUUUUUUUGUCAUUGUAUACUCUGAGGAUCAUUAAAAGGAAACUGCUGGGAAGGUUUGGUCGUUGAGCUGUUGCUAAGCAAUCAUUAGCACGUCGCUUGUGUAUUACUAUUUUAACCUGUAUGAGUAAACACUUAUUUUUUUGCUAAUAAAGAAAAAAAGAAAGAAAUCAGGAACGCUGUAUUGAA